AUUGCAACACCGGGUAAAGAGGCCAUUUUGUGGUGUCGGUGUGGCAUUUAAUAAUGUUCAUCGAAUUUCGUCUAUUUUACAUGGGAGUAUUACUUUUUGUUGUGAUUUGAAAUUAAUGAAAACAAACAUUAAUGUAGAAAGUUUUUGCAUGUUUCAAUUACUUUAAAAAUGGAGCAGGGGAUUGACGAUUAUUUUAGAACCGUAUGUAGCGCGUGUUUAAGUUCCGAUCGGGAUAUAAUUACAAUAAAUUCCACAUCUUAUCUUUAUUCAAUAUUCCGACUAUUAUUAUGUGACAACGCGGGAGAUCGGAUUGACGACACGCUAUGUGCGUUAGAAAUAGCCCUGUGCUGGGAGUGCCACGCCAUUCUUAUAAAAUGUGCAAAGUUCAGGAAGAAAGUGCAAAGUGCGCAAGAACACCUACGCGUGUUGGCUCUAAGUCAAUCGCAAGAGAGUCUCGACCAUACAUACAUGUCGCAAUCUCUCUCGACACUUGAGUGUGUCGUAAAAAGGGACUAUGAUAGACUAUACAUCGACUACACUGGCCAAACCGAAUCACAAUGGGUCCAGCCGUAUAUAACUAUUUCUACGCCGCAGACGGUUAAAAACGAGGACUUUGAUUUAAGCCUCAGAGAUCAUAUUAGUCUUGCUAUUGAUGAGAGAAUGUCGCAAGUGCCUGAAUUAGAUAUAAAGAAUCCGCUGACAGGAGAAAUAACGCACAUAGUUGUUGGCACGGACGCGCUUGUGUCUACUGACUUUACGAAUUUGGUCAAGGGCGAGUCGCCUGAAUUCACUAUGGACACAAACACAACACAAUUAAUUGUCACAGAGUUGAAUAAGCGAUCGGAAAAUAUAAUUACUGAUAAUAGAUUUGGAUAUGAUGUGGAAUAUAUGUUAGAAGGAGACAUGUUAGCUUGUAGGGAAGAAUUAAAGAAGAAAAUCUCAUAUGUUAAUGCUGUAUAUAAAUGUGAAUUGUGUAUAAUAGAAUUUUAUUUGCAACAACAAGUCGAGGAACAUUUCAUAGCCGCACAUAGAGCGCGCCCCAACGCAACGCCUUGCAAGAUAUGCUACGUAUAUAUUGACGAUGAUAAACUACAAGAACAUACAGACACACAUUACACGAGAUAUAUAUGUAAAUUGUGUAGUCACACGGAGUUGAGUGAAAAGCUUGUCAAGUUGCAUGUGCAAACGCACUUGAGCAAGAAAACUCCGGGCGGCGUGAUUCCUAUAGGCGAUAGUGUUAAAAAGCGUAGAAAGAAAAAAAACAACGACGAGGAAAAACAACCGCAGCCGGGUGACUUACGAAAGUUAUUAUCAAAAACUACAAUAGUUGGAUAUAAAUGCUUAGAAUGUGACAUGUUUUUCAAAAAUUCCCGUGCAAGAAAAAAUCAUGUUGCCCGAUUUCACAGAGAGGGCUUACAGUGUGAUCAUUGUAAAAAGAGAUUUGUCAAUAAAACAACGCUGGCAACACAUUUGAAACUCCACGAAGGCCCCUUGCCCCGAGAGAAGUGUCCUAUAUGUUCAAAGCUGGUGCGAGUUGUCCAACUCAAGUACCACAUACAGAGACACAAAGACAGCAGCAAGUUUGAGUGUGCCGAGUGUAACAAAGUGUUCUCACAUCUGGCAACGUACCAAGCGCACUUGAAGUACGCCAGGGCACAUGCCACGGAGAUUGUGUUUAAAUACCCCUGUCCUAUGUGUAAUAAAGGAUAUCCUACUAAAGAAGCAAUGCAAGAUCAUUUUAAUUAUCAACAUUUGGGGAAAACUACACACAAAUGUCCCAUUUGUAAUAAGCCAAUAGCUUCAAAGGCGAAUGUUGAAAAACACAUAAUGAGGGUACAUAGAGAGAAAAAGGAAAAACCGAAGAAUCAUAUCUGCAAUCAGUGCGGAAAAGGAUUUUCUGACAGAAAAGCCCUCAACCAACACGCAGCGAUACAUUCGGGCGAGAGACCGCUGUCAUGUGAUAUUUGCGCACAGACAUUCAAACAAAAGGCGUCUCUAUAUACACACAAGAAAAGGGUACACAAACUUUUGCCGCCAAGGAAAGUCGUCGAGUUUAUGGAAAAGCCGGAAUAAUACAGUCUUUAUGUCUUAUUAAAAUAUCUAUAACUAGCGGUCCGCCCCGGCUUCGCCCGUGGUACAUAUUUACGUUUUCUCUAUAUAAGAACCAUCCUCGUACUUCAAGGAAUAUAAU